UUGCUCUUUAUAACGAGUGUUUGUGUCGUUUGAAACACUUGCUUGAUUUGUACGUACACAUCUUCAUUCCUUAUCAUAUUCCCGUUGUUCCCACACAAACACUCAAUUGAACCAACCUUUAUCAAGAAGCCAAGCACCAGAAAUCUUUCAGUUUUCAUCUUUUUCUUUUCAUGGAUCUUCACAUUUACGUGCCAUCUUUGUUAUUGGCGUACUGCACGCACGAGGUUAAUCACUAGUUGCCCACCAACCGUUUGUUGUUUUGUUGCUAUGGAACUCGUAAUGUCUAUCGAAUCCAUUCAUAUAAUAUUAUAGCUGUUAUCAUCAUACCAACCCGGAAGUGAAAAUGACAAUUUUUUUAUUGAGAAGAAGCUCUACUAUCAAGUCACUUGUAACGAGUUUUCAUUUCCUCACAAAGGUCUCUAGUUUCUGCUCAAGGGCUCCCAGAAAUAUUGAUAAGGAAAAUGAAAGCAAAACUACAUCCACGCACUACUCUUCUAGGAUUCAUCUCUCACCAUUAUUCAGUGACAGGACACCUCAUUCUGAUGGUUAUGAUAUUGAGCUUGUAGACGAUGAUACUUGGCAAGUUUCAGCAGGUUUAGCGCAUGCGUGGCGUGGUUUGGAUGACGACAUGAAAGCAAAACCUUUUGUGAACGCAAUGGAUGAUGAUUCAACAUCUUUUGAGGAUGACACUGAUUUUGAUGAGAUUGAUAAUUUGAGAAUUCGGGGUGAUCUUUUUUAUAAACUUGAUAAAGAUUCCAAAGAAUUCGAAGAAUAUAGUUUUGAUUUCCAUAGAAGGAAGUCUUCGAAGAUAAGGAAAGAUGAAAAAGAAAGCGAAAAGAAGGAAGCUUCAAAAGGAAAGAGUGAUCUUAAAGAAAGAAAAACGAAGGUGGCUUCAGAAAGAGAGAAUCAUGUUGGAACUGAGAAAAGCAAAAUGAAGAUGAACCAACGUCAAGAUUUUGCCUCCGGUGGUAAAGAAUUAUACAAGGGUGUGGUGAAUGAACGUCUAAGUAACAUGGAGAGUUGUUAUGUGGAUAAAAAGAAGGUUAGGACUCCGACUUUUAAUCAGCUCACGGCUCCUUACCAUGAACCAUUCUGUCUGGAUAUUUACAUAUCGAAAGCCUCUGUUCGUGCCUGCAUUGUUCAUCGGGUUACUAGUAAAGUGGUUGCUGUAGCACAUUCUAUAUCCAAGGAUAUGAAAUUUGACCUGGGUUCAACUAGGAAUGCAACUGCUUGUGCUGCAGUGGGAGGUAUUUUAGCUCAAAGGGCUUUGGCGGAUGACAUUCAUGAUGUGGUUUACACGCCAAGAAAAGGAGAGAGGUUGGAGGGAAAGCUCCAGAUUGUGCUUCAGGCUCUUCUUGAUAAUGGUGUUAAUGUAAGGGUGAAGCUCAAGCAGAGAAAAGCCAAAAAGGUCGGCUAUCCGUCUGCUUUUUAGAAGUAUUUGCUACCUGUUUAUCAAUGUCUGUUGUGAUUAUAGAAUGUGCUUCCCUUUGAAGAACAUUAUUCAAGGUCACUUAGCAGUAAGAUCUACUUAUUGUGAUGCAUGUGCUUCAAGCUACGCUGCGAUGUAAGAGUGAAAGAAGGUGGAAAUAGCCUAGACAUUUCAAGCAACACAAUGUUCACUAUUGGGAUUUGCUCCUUAGAGAAAGAACAAUCUACUUCCUUGUGCUGUUGAUAUGAGUGCGAUAGUGUUGAAGGCUGUCUAUUAGAUAUCACUUCAUUAAUUGUAUCCACAAGUUGUUAUAU